GCAGGGACUGACUCGGGAGGGAAGGAGAACACGCCCCUCGGCCCCAGAAGUGCAACUUCAUUUAGCAGCUCCCAGUACGAGGAAACUGCAAGUCUGAAACCGGCUGCGGCUCCCCCGCUCGACUUGGCCGCUCGCCACGCUGGGCUCACACGCCAGGACGGUGUAAGCCGGCCCCGGUCCCUUCCUCGGCGGCAGGGCCGCGGAACUUCGGCAUCGGAGCAGCGGCGAGAGCCGGGGUGGCCAAGCUGCUGCCUUGCUGUGUGUGAAGCUUCUUUGAAGUCAUGUCCAGGAGGAAAGUCAACUAAGUCAGCGUUUGGCCGGCCCAUAGAGAUGCAAUGGAGGUAGAGUCCAGCACCUACAGCGACUUCAUCAGCUGUGACCGGGCUGGGCGCAGGAACGCUGUCCACGACAUCCAACGGGAUGCAACCACCAUCAGCAUGCGCAAGCUGACUGAUGACCUGGCUGACCUCGCUGUCAAAGGAGCAGAAAGCCAAAGAGAUGCCACUUCUUCUGAGAGCAAUCCUGGAGCUCCAAAGGGGCAAGAGAACAGUCCCUCCCCAUGACAGCACCCAGGGUGGGAUGGGCAGGAGGAGGGCCUUGCUGUGAACAUCCAACAGGAAUUUGCUAUUGAAUCUGCAGACAAAAGCCAACCUGGAACAGCAAGUUAUCUGUCAAAUGCCUCUGCAGCAACUCUUUUUGUUUAGAGAGCCACAAGGACUGGCACCUCUAAAAGACUUCUGCUCCCAUCCCUAACGAUUUAGAGCUACACUGCCAUGGUUGUAGUGACAUGAGCCAUUCUCCAGAUGCCUUAGCUGCGACUUUCCCCCGGGGGAAAAACCAGUAUCAGUAAUAAUAGACACAUCAGACUUUCCUGUCCAAGGUACCUUCCUCCUUUGCAAAUUUAGACUUAUUAUUUAUUCUGUUUCCAUAGAUUAGAAAUGUAGGUUAUUGUUUUUUCUAGGCCUCACCCUCAUCUGCAUCUUAGACCUGUCCUCUGGACUCUCCAGGGUUCAGAGUGGGCAGUGGGUAAGGGACCUGGCCAGUCCUGCUGCCCUCAAGCACCACUCACCUGUGCUGCUUCAGCUUAGCAUCAGGAAAGGACCAAAGCACAGCUCUGUGUGGCUGAGCUCCACCUACAGACUCAGCAGUACCAGCCACAGGCAUCUUUUUCUUCGGGUUUUGGCCUUUUAAGAUAUUGUUAAGGGGAGAGGAGAAACAUUUUGCUUGUUUGACUGUUGAAAUUCAGGCUUAACUUUGCAAGCUGUUAGCUGAGAUGAUCUCUGGUAGGAUCUCACACCAUUCUCUCUUUUAGGAGACAUGUUUUGUGUUCAAGAUGGUUUGAUAAAACUAUAAAAGAUGUUGGAAUAAAUAACAGCCUUCAAGUACUGAAGGUGGGUUUUUUU